CGACAACACUGUCAUUGUAGAAAGUGUCGUUGAAGUGAUAAUAUUGUUUCAUUUUUGAUAUAACUUGCAAUCGCAUUGAGACUAAACAAUGAAAAUUUGUGUGAUUGGUGCCGGUGUCGUCGGUCUGAACACAUCGAUUGCAUUGCUAAAGGAGUAUCCGAAUGCGGACAUUACCAUUUUGGCUGAUAAAUUUACAACGGAAACGGUCAGCGAUGUAGCUGCCGGUUUAUUUCGUCCUAGUUCCAGUUUUUCUGGUCCAACUGAUGAGAUUACAAGAACAUGGAUAAACGAUUCAUUUUCGUACUGGGACGAUCUAAGAAAAUCAUCUAACGGUUCUUUAGCUGGCGUGACCCAAAUUUCAUCCUACAUAUUUUCCAGUUCAUCGCCAAACAUUGUGCGGAAUCAUUACCUCGAAAAAUUAGUACCACUGUACCGUCCGGCAACACCCGAAGAACUGAAAAUUUGUCCCGGUGAUUGGAAAUAUGGAUCGUUUUAUACCACCGUGCUAACCGAAUGUCGGAUCUAUCAACCGUGGGCAACGAAUCGUUUCAAGGAACUCGGCGGCAAAAUUAUUUCGCAGCACAUCGAUAGUCUGAGAGAACUGACUGGGAAAUACGAUGUGGUGGUAAAUUGCUCUGGAUUCGGAGCAAAGCACUUGUGUUCCGACCACAAACUCGUACCGAUUCGUGGACAAAUAAUCAAAGUGAAAGCGCCAUGGUUAAAAACGGCAUUUUUCGGUGACUAUGACACGUACAUCAUACCCGGUUUCAACGGAACUGUGACGCUUGGCGGUACACGACAGUACGACAGCUACAAUCUCAACUUGGACAAAUACGAUUCGCUGUCAAUCCGAGAACGAUGUGAAAAAUUGGUUCCCAGCCUUGUUAAUGCACCGGUGGUGCGUGAAGCAGUUGGACUUCGACCGCACAGAGAUCCGGUUAGAGUUGACAUCGAACUGUUGAAUGGUGCAAAUGGUCAGUUGAAAGUGAUUCACAAUUAUGGUCAUGGAGGAUUCGGGGUGACAACAAGUCCAGGAACAGCAUUGAACGUGGUUAAAUUAAUGAAGGAUAUUCAUUCGUUCAGUGGCAGCAAGUUGUGAAAGGUUGUGCCAAUUUUGAUGGAAAUAAAGAAAAAAAUAUUGCAAUUGA